CGUUUCUCUUCCCACCUUCAACUGUCCCCAACUCUCUCCCUAACCAUGACCUGUUGGGCUCUGCAACCCUCUAAACCCUUCUUCUUAAUCUGAUCAAACCUUUCUCUCUCUGCAUUCAUUUUCCGGUAUCGAAUUUGAGUCACUAAUGGAGUUAGCGCUGCCCCUAAUCCAACCCCAACUACUUUAAAGACCCCAGAAGCUUCGAGCUUUAAUGCUCCAACUCUUUGUUUUCCUCCUUCUUUCAGCUCCCGGGUGUUUUCGUUUUGUCCUCAGGAAAUGUCCGGCGUCGAUUUAGAGCAAGGCGGAGCUUCUCAUACCCGCCGCAAUUCCUUCUCCAGGAGUGAUGUCAGCGGCGACGGGAGCGUCUGCUUCUCCGACGCGGACGACGGGUCGUGCUACUCGCAGUUCUUUUCGACCAACGGCGGGUCGUACGACGAGUACAACUUUGCCGCUUUUGCGUCUAUUCCUGCGGAGGCCGGAGUGGUCCGGGAGUCGUCUACUUCGUCGUCCUCGGAGUCCAGGAGAGACUCGUCGGCUUUGGAGUGUUCGGUCGAUGUCGUGGAAAUUGAGGUUGGGGCGCCGGAAAUUAAGGUGCAUUUGGAUAGAGUAGAGAGAGAUUGCCGGAUUUGUCAUCUGGGGUUGGAGAGUAACAGCCAUGAAUCCGGAGCUCCGAUUGACUUGGGCUGUUCUUGCAAAGAUGACCUGGGUUCGGCCCACCGGAACUGUGCUGAUGCCUGGUUCAAGAUCAAGGGCAACAAGAUCUGUGAGAUUUGUCAUUCAAUUGCUCGCAACAUUGUCGGGGCUAAUGACAUUGAGAUGAUUGAGCAGCUGAAUAAUGAAGCAACUAGUGCCUCGGCUACUGCAGCAGUCUUAGCACCAGGGCCUUCAACAGAGACUCGAAGCUUCUGGCAUGGUCAUCGCUUCCUCAAUUUCCUUCUUGCUUGUAUGGUCUUUGCUUUCGUCAUAUCAUGGCUCUUUCACUUCAAUGUUCCAUCGUGAGAGAGAACUGGAAAGAACCAACAAAAGAAGUGUAACAGAAGCUGCAGAUUAAUUUGUAUAGUUUCAUGCCUUGCAGAGGUCACAUAGACAUCUG